AUGGUUCCUACCCCCUACAGGCUGGGUCCGGAUAUCAGCAACCAUCAGCCGAUCAGCCCCCGAACAGGUUAUCCCCCAUUUCCCGGUCUCCUCAGUGCCGCCGAUUUUGCCCGAGUCGGUCACAAACGGAAGAGGCGACACAGGACGAUCUUUACCGAAGAACAGCUGGAGGAACUAGAAAACACCUUCCAGAAGACACAUUAUCCUGACGUCCUCCUGAGGGAAGAACUGGCCAUCAAAAUUGAUUUGAAAGAAGAACGAGUUGAGGUUUGGUUCAAAAACAGAAGGGCAAAAUGGAGAAAGCAGAAAAGAGAAGAGGAGGGCGGUAAGCGUUCUAACGGAACGUCGAUCGCUUCACCCUAUAACAGCCCGAACAGCGAGCAAAGAAGUCCGGAAGAAGACAAUCAGGAUCGCUUAUCUCCCUUGGAAGAUGAUAGCAAUGAUGAAGAAGAGAUCCGAGUAGAUGACGAACCUUUUUCCCCUCCAAACUCAGACUGCCAAACAAACAACGCAACAGCAGUUCACGACGCCUUACCAAAUCUUCACUCUCACAGCGGAAAACCCAUCACAGCAUACAGACCAACAGAGAGAAAUCAUUUAGAAACCUCGAACAGUUCUCCAUAA